AUUUUACCAAUUAAAAACUUGAACAGCUUAAUAGCUCAAUUUUCUCUUACAAAACGUUAAUACCUGUAGCCUGUAAAAUUAGGAAAUCAGCAGAUUUCUAUACCCCCCUUCAACAAGGCAAAGAUCCAUGUCGGACCCAUACGAGAGAGUCAAAGGCGGUCGCUUAAUGUUCAAAGGAGGCGCAGUCGCCACCCGCAGCAAAUCAAUCGACAAAAAGAAGAAGAAAAAGAAGAACAAAUCCAUUAACGACGUCGUUUCCGAUGAGCCAUUAACCGGUGACGCCGCCGUUGCUGCUACUGAACAACAAGGAGAAGCUUCCGAAGAUAUUUAUACGAUUGACGCUGCUAAGCGUAGGAAAUACGAUGAUUUGUUCCCUGUUGAAGCUAAGAAAUUCGGGUAUGACCCGAAUGCUAAAGCUAAGUCCGUUGAAGAUGCCCUUGAUGAUCGGGUCAAGAAGAAAGCUGAUCGUUACUGUAAAUGAAUUCCUAAUUUUUUUUAGCUGAACAUGCAACUCCAAUCUCAAGUAUCCCAAUCAAGCAUUCCAUCUGUUCUUUCUUGAUACUGGCCCGGUAUUCUUCUCCAUAGGUUGCUUCACUGAUCAUCUCACCAUGAAAGGCUGUUUUAUCUAGAAUCUCC